AUGAUUAAAUCAAUCUUCUUCACCAUUACUUUUGUCUUCCUUCUCUCCCUCCCCACCCUAUCCCGCUCCCAACGCUGCAACAAAGAUGACGAAAAAGUCCUCUUCAAAAUCAAGAAAUCCUUCGGAAAUCCCUACCAUUUGGCCUCUUGGCAGAAGACUUUAGAUUGCUGUAAAUGGUACAAUGUGGAAUGCGAUGCAAACACCAGCCGUAUCAUCUCCCUCACCAUCUUCUCCGGCAACAUCUCCGGCCAAAUCCCAGAUGAAGUCGGCGAUCUCCCCUAUCUCCAAACCUUGGUGUUACGAAAACUCACUAACCUCACCGGAGAAAUCCCGUCGGCCAUUACUAAACUCACCCACCUCACCAUGCUCAGACUUAGCUGGACUAAUCUAUCAGGUCCCGUCCCUUCGUUCCUUAGCAAGCUCACAAACUUAAAUUUCCUCGAUUUGGCAUUCAAUGAUCUCACCGGAUCUAUCCCGCCGGAGCUUGCAACGCUGAAGAACUUAAACGCCAUACACCUGGACAGGAAUAAACUCACUGGAGUCAUCCCUGAAUCAUUUGGGACAUUCACCGGAAACGUCCCUGACCUUUACCUGUCACAUAACCAGCUCACCGGAACAAUACCCAAAUCAUUAGGCUACUUAAAUUUCUCGACGAUCGAUUUUUCAAGAAACCAACUCACAGGUGACAUAAGCAUGUUUUUUGGAACAAACAAGACGAUUCAAACAGCUGACUUUUCGAGGAACAGCUUCCAGUUUAACAUCUCGGAGGUAGAGUUUCCUGCUAGCUUGACGUCGUUGGAUCUGAAUCACAACAAGAUUUAUGGGAGUCUUCCGGCGAUGUUAACGGGAUUAAAUUUUCAGUACUUUAACGUGAGUUACAAUAGGAUGUGUGGACAGAUACCUCAAGGUGGUGACUUGCAGACGUUUGAAAACACGUCGUAUUUUCAUAACCGGUGCUUGUGUGGAUCGCCGUUGCCGGCGUGCGCCUGA